AUGUCGUACAUGCUUCCGCAUUUGCAUAGCGGCUGGGCCGUAGAUCAAGCUAUCUUGUCGGAGGAGGAGAGAUUGGUUGUGAUUCGUUUCGGCCAUGACUACGAUGAAGAGUGUAUGCAAAUGGACGAAGUGCUGUACAGCAUACAGGACACUACGAAAAACUUCGCAGCCAUUUAUCUGGUAUGAAUUUGAAUUUGUUUUUGCUAGUUCAAUUAAGUAUCUUCAGCAGAGGGCUUUUUUAGUUUGAUGUCCCGAUGAAAAAAUAAUCUUGUAUAAUCUCUUCUACACUAAAUAUAUCUAAAUUUCAUUCCCAACAACGAUGAAAAAUCAUCAUCACAGGUAGACACGAAGGAGGUGCCAGAUUUCAAUACGCUGUACGAGAUUUACGAUCGCGUGACGUUGAUGUUUUUUUACCGAAAUAAACACAUGAUGAUCGAUCUCGGGACGGGUAACAACAAUAAGAUUAACUGGCCGUUUAACAACAAGCAGGAGUUAAUCGACAUCUUCGAGACUGUCUACCGAGGAGCAAGAAAGGGUCGUGGUCUGGUCAUUUCCGCAAAAGACUACUCCACCAAGUACCGGUACUAAACGGCAAGAAAGUCGACCUCGACGAGAUGUUGAGCAAGGUAGUAGCAUUGUAGCAGGAGACAAACAGGGAGCAAGAGGAGACGACCAGGCAGGCCGCGAUCUUUUCCGCAUGCCGUUUUUUCGGUGGGAUCUGACUAUUCUUUGCUGUACUAAUCUAUAGUACUGUUUACUAGUAGUAGUACGACACCAGGUUUAGCCAGGAUGUUGACAACCAACGUCACCUCUGACGAUUAACUGCGAUUCCAGCAGCCAGCGCGGACGAAGCGGGCAGCGGAAGUACUUACACCAUGCACAGUACUUAGCGACCUACAAAAAGCUUCGCUUUGACCACAUCACGAGAAGAAGGUUGCAGCAUCAUCAAUGGGGCGUUGGCAAAGAUGAGACAGGCGCACUUGUUGUGUACUGACACAAAAUUUGAGUGUACUUAUUCUCGGGAUCGUUUCGUGAGCAUUCUCACUACUUGAUUCAAAGACUUCUUCAGCUGCAUCUAAAAAUGGGAGUUUGUGGCGCUGCCAUUUCAAGCAAACAUCUUCAAAUGAAUUACAAAUGAUUUCAUGAGAGCUGGACUAUGAACUCAUGAGACUGUAAUUUGUCUUCUUGCUAGGUUUCAUGCAAGAAGAUGCAACUCUGCUGCGUAUUUGACAUAGUG